AUGAAACAGUUUCUCUUUAUUUUAGCUUGUUACUUGGUUCAUACUGUUUCCGCCGCUCAAACAGUAUUCGACAACAGUUGUCCAUCGAACUCGCCAAUUUCAUGUUCUUCAUCCAACGAAGCAUCAUGCUGUUUUGAAUCACCAGGUGGAAUCCUUUUACAAACACAAUUCUGGGAUUACAGCCCUGCAACUGGCCCCGAUGAUUUAUUCACCUUGCAUGGAUUAUGGCCCGAUAAUUGUGAUGGAACCUAUGAACAAUUUUGUGAUAAUUCAAAUACUAUUGCUAACGAUGGAAGUAGUAUUGAGUCCAUCAUUGUUGAUUCGUUUGGUGAUCAGGAGCUUUAUGAUAAUUUGAAUGUUGCUUGGAAAGAUAUUAAGGGCAAUGACCAUUCACUUUGGGCUCAUGAAUGGAACAAACAUGGGACUUGUAUCAAUACUAUUUUACCUAAAUGUUAUACCAAUUAUCAACAGCAUCAAAAUGUGUACAAUUAUUACAAGAUUUUGUAUGAUUUAUUUGAAACUUUGCCCACUUAUAAAUGGUUGGUUGAUGCUGGUAUUACUCCAAGCAACUCCAAAACAUAUACCAAAUCACAAAUUCAACAAGCGUUGAAUUCCAAAUUUGGCGCUGAUGUUUAUUUCAAAUGUGAUUCAAAUAAUGCCAUUAACGAAAUUUGGUAUUUCCAUCAUAUUAAAGGAUCAUUGUUGCAACAAAACUUCAUUCCUAUUGAUUCAUUAUCAAGUUCAAAUUGCCCAUCGUCUGGAAUCUUGUUCCCACCAAAACAAGGUGGAUCUGGAUCGGAUCCAAGCCCAACAAAGACCACAACAACCACAACAGGUCCAGCGCCUACUGGAAUUCCAUCUUCAGGGUAUAUUAAACUCAGUGGUAAAUCAGGAUGUUUAAUCUCAAACGGUAAAUGGUACACAUCAGGAACUUGCGCAACUUAUCAUUUCUCGCAAUCGUCAAAUGAUAACAUCACAAUCAAGUCAUCAAAGGGAUCUUGUGGCGUUGAUUCGUCAAACAACUUUGUGUGUGGAUCAUCAGUUCAACAAACUGGAUUUGAGGUUGACAAUGGACAAAUUGGGGUUGAUGGAAAUUACAAAUGGUGUUUGGGUGAUUCUACCGGGUCUGGAUCGAGUGCACAAACUUCAAUUUAUUUAAGUGAUGGAUCAUGUAGCUCAUUUACCAUCACCGUUUCAAGUAAAUAA